AUGCCCGAACCGGCGCUUCCCAGCGAGCCUUGGGCGGACGCGUCCGUGUCGGCCCCGUCCAGACGCGAGCAGCUUCGCAAGCUGCGCGGGAACGAGGAGUUCGACGUCCUCAUCAUCGGAGGCGGCGCUACGGGCGCGGGUGCGGCGGUCGAUGCCGCCACCAGGGGCCUGCGCACGGCGCUCAUCGAGGGCGAAGACUUUGGGAGCGGCACCUCCUCGAGGUCCACCAAGCUCGUCCACGGCGGCGUCAGGUACCUGGAGAAGGCCGUCUUCCAGCUCUCGUACGGUCAGCUGAAGCUCGUCUUUGAGGCACUGCACGAGAGAAAGAACCUGCUCCGCAACGCCCCGCACCUGGCGCGUCCCCUGCCCAUCGCGACUCCGUGCUACCACGGCUGGGAAGUGCCCUACUACUGGGCCGGGAUGAAAGCCUACGACCUCGUCGCGGGCGCCUCCGGGUUGACCAUGUCCGGCUUCCGAACCGCCGCCGAGUCCCUCGCGCUCUUCCCCACGCUCGCCGCCGUGCGUAAAGAGGACGGCGCGUCCCUUAAGGGAACCAUCGUCUACAGAGACGGACAAUUCGACGACGCGAGGCUCAACGUCGCGCUGGCGUGCACCGCCGCGCACGCGGGCGCCGUCGCCGCCAACUACGUCAAGGUGACAGCCCUGGUGAAGGACUUACGCACCGGGCGGGUGGUGGGGGUCAAGGCCAAGGACGUCGUGGACGGCGGGAGGGAGUUCGAGGUACGGGCGAAGGUUGUGCUCAACUGCACGGGGCCGUUCACCGACGCCGUGCGAAAGAUGUCCGACGGAUCAAGAAUGGACAUCAUGACCCCCGCGGGCGGAGCUCACCUGACCCUCCCCAAACACUUCGCGCCCGACGCCGAGGGUCUCAUCGUGCCCAAGACGAAAGACGGUCGCGUGGUGUUCAUGCUGCCCUGGCUGGGCGGCGUCAUCGCGGGUACCACCGACGCUCUCGCGCCCGUCACGCUGAGGCCCCGAGCGAGCGCGGAUGAGGUUGAUUUUAUCCUCGACUCGAUCGCGCCGUACCUCUCCGUGCCGGCGACGCGCGCGGACGUGACGUCGGUGUGGUCCGGCAUCAGACCCCUCGCCGCGGACCCGACCCAGAGCGGCACCGAGAACGUCAGCCGCGAUCACCUCGUGGUGGACGAGGGCGACGGGAUGGUGACGGUGACGGGGGGCAAGUGGACGACGUAUCGACUCAUGGCUGAGCACGCGGUGGACGCCGCCAUCCGAGCCGCCGACAAGAGCAUGGCGAGUAGGGCCGGUAAGUGCCGGACGACGGACGUCGCGGUCGUCGGCGCGCACGGGUACUCCCCGGACCUUCACGUCAGGUUGCUCGCCUCAAAGUCCUCAAAGUCUGGUGCCAAAUCAUCCAAACCCGCGGCGCCCGAGCUGGAGGACGCGGCCGUCAUGUCGCACCUCGCCAAGUCGUACGGCGACCGCGCUCCGGCCAUCGUCGAGCUCGCGAGGAGCGACCCGCGUCGGCUCGCCCGUAGGAUCGCCGGUCCCAAUCAGCCGGUCAUCGCCGCGGAGGUUUUGCACGCGGCGCGGUCGGAGUACUGCCAGACGACGUGCGACUUCGUGGCGAGACGGACGCGGCUGGCGUUCCUGGACGUGGAGGCGGCGCGCGUCGCGGUGCCCGAGGUGAACAAGUUGCUCGCCAAGGAGCUCGGAUGGGGAUCGUGGAGAGCGGCGAGGGAGCUCAAGGAUGCGAACGCCUUGCUGGACACGUUCACGUGCUGA